AGAUUUAUAUUCACUAUUACAUCAACUGAUUAUUCAAUCCCACGUGUUUUUGUCCAUUCCGACGUCGAAGCAUUUCGACAACGUUUCCAAAACCAAUCAUCAGUUGACGUUUGUCUCCAGCUGGCAGUUCGCAAGAAAAAACAGAAAAAAAAAGUUGAAACGAGACUUAGAAAAUCCUAUUGAAAUUUCACUAGCCUGGAACUAAUUGGAUUCAUAAUCUAAAAUGCCCCGGUCGUACGAAGAAGAACUGAAGUUCAUAGAAAGGUUAUCCCCUUGUGCUUGGCGCAUCAAAAAAGGAUUUGUUCCUAAUAUGAAAGUCGAAGGAAUUUUCUAUGUCAACAACAAUUUAGAGAAUCUGAUGUUUGAAGAACUGAAAGCCUCCAGUGCACAAGGCCUGGUAGGGGGAUUUCUUCCAGGAAUGAAGCAAAUUGCCAAUGUUGCUGCUCUGCCUGGAAUUGUUGGACGUUCUAUUGGGUUACCUGAUGUUCAUUCUGGCUAUGGCUUUGCAAUUGGAAAUGUAGCUGCAUUUGACAUGGAUGAUCCAAAUUCCAUAGUAUCUCCUGGUGGGGUAGGAUUUGAUAUUAACUGUGGAGUUAGGUUGCUGAGGACAAACCUUACUGAAAAAGAUGUUCAGCCUGUUAAGGAACAACUAACCCAAAGCAUGUUUGAUCACAUUCCUGUUGGAGUUGGAUCUAAAGGAGUGAUUCCCAUUACAGCACAGGAUCUUGAAGAAGCUUUAGAAAUGGGAGUGGAUUGGUCUCUCCGCGAAGGCUACGCUUGGGCAGAAGAUAAAGAACACUGCGAAGAAUUUGGCCGUAUGCUGAAUGCUGAUCCUUCGAAAGUCAGUCUCAGAGCUAAAAAGAGGGGACUUCCUCAGUUGGGCACUCUUGGAGCCGGUAAUCACUAUGCAGAAAUUCAGGUAGUCGACGAGAUUUAUGACAAGUGGGCGGCCACCAAAAUGGGUAUUGAACACAAAGGACAAGUUUGCAUCAUGAUCCAUUCUGGUAGCCGAGGGUUUGGCCAUCAAGUAGCUACCGACGCCUUGGUUUCUAUGGAAAGAGCAAUGAAAAGAGACAACAUUGUGACAAAUGAUCGUCAAUUAGCCUGCGCUCGAAUCUCAUCUACCGAAGGCCAGGACUACUUAAAGGCCAUGUCUGCAGCUGCAAAUUUUGCGUGGGUCAAUCGAUCUUCCAUGACUUUUCUUUGCCGCCAAGCUUUUGCGAAGCAGUUUAAUUCAACCCCAGAUGACCUUGACAUGCAUCUCAUAUACGAUGUGUCGCACAAUAUUGCUAAAGUGGAACAGCAUACUGUUGGUGGCAAACUAAAAACCUUACUGGUCCAUCGAAAGGGCUCCACAAGAGCUUUCCCACCUCAUCACCCUUUGAUUCCGGUCGAUUACCAACUAACAGGACAACCUGUCCUUAUCGGGGGUACAAUGGGUACUUGUAGCUACAUCCUAACCGGUACCGAACAAGGGAUGGGAGAAACUUUUGGGUCCACUUGUCACGGAGCUGGGCGAGCAUUAUCCCGAGCAAAAUCACGACGAAAUUUGGACUACACAGAAGUUUUGGAUCGUUUGAAGGAACAAGGAAUUUCCAUCCGAGUUGCAUCCCCUAAAUUGGUUAUGGAAGAAGCGCCCGAGUCGUAUAAAAAUGUUACGGAUGUAGUCGAUACUUGUCAUGCUGCUGGCAUCAGCAAAAAAUGUGUGAAGCUCCGCCCUAUUGCCGUCAUUAAAGGGUAAAACUGGAUUGGUUAAAGCUUUGCAGGUUUGGCUGAAAAGA